GGAUGCUCGAAGGGUAUUUCGAAAACAGAGUUAGUUGCGUUCUUCUUCUGGGGAGUUUUUUGCGAAAAUAUGAAGGAGAUGAUACCCAUGAAGCAGGCAUCUGGUAAUUUAUUUUCAAGAAACCCUUCUGCUAUAAAUGGCGGAGAACAGCGGCAGGAGGAUUUUCAACAAAAACGAAAUUGCAGAAGAUUGGUGUUUUCAAUGUAAAGAUGGAGGAGAGCUCAUGAUUUGUGAUAAUGGGGGAUGUUUGAAAGCUUAUCACCCUAAAUGUGCGGGGGUAGAGGACUCAGUUUUGACAAGUGAUGAACCUUGGAUAUGUGGACGACAUACAUGCUUAAUUUGCAAAGGAAAAUCAUAUUAUCACUGUUACUGUUGUAUAAGAGCUGCAUGCUCGAGCUGUAUUGGUCUUAUCGAUUUUGUCCAUCUUAAAGGGAGGAAUGGAUUGUGCAAUAAUUGCCUAAAGCUCGCAUUGCUUGUGGAAGAAGACAAGAAUAUUGAUUCUGAUGGGACUUCAGAGAUUGCGAAACACAAGAGGGCCUUUUCAGGGAGUAUUACGAGAUAGUAAAGGAAAAAGAAGGAAUUGACAAAAAUAAACUUCUUGCUGGUAAGGCUCAACUAGACAAGGAGAAGAUAUGCCAAAUUAGCUCUUAUUCAGAUAAACGUUGUGAGAAACAGGAUGAGCAGCUUUCUUUAGACAAUGAAGAUUUCAACGAUGGAGAACCUCAGAAGAAAAAGCGUAAAAUGAAAAGAUGUACACAACAGAAAACAAAGACGCAAAGCAAAGUCAUCGGCAGCCUUGAACAAAAACAAAAUAUCCUCAAUUUGGUAUUCAACUGCACCACAAAGUCAAUUUGCAGCCUUGAUUCCUGAAAAUAUCAAACUCGUUU